AUUGAGCGUUGCCGGCAAUUCUCUGCAGCUGCUUCCACGUUGCGCUAAAACUCAGCACAAAUGCCACGUCUAUCUCUUAUUAAUGUUCAUCUGUGUUUGCUAAACUUCGUUUGCAAAAUAAUGGCAUGGUCUCGCGUUCAAUAUCUGGCGCUGUCUGUGAAAGAAUAUCCAGCUAUUUCAAUGCGACCUGUAUCCAUGACAAGGAUAUUGGCCAUGCUGCUCUUGAUGCUGGUAUGCUGGUCGGCACCGGUGACGGCGGUUUUUUUGCGAGCAGAUUCGGACGAAUACGUCCACGGCGCUGACCUGUACCGAGGAGGAUACCCAUCCGGUUGGGACUCUCCUCAGGAAUACGUAUGCCACAGCUAUGUGCUGCCGGCGUGCAACGACGAUUGGCCGCGUUGCGGCUGCCACAAACGGGAGUACAACGUCAGCGCCAUUUCGCGCAAUCUGACAGCCUUGGUGAUCGGCAAUUCGGAAGACCAGGGUGGCUGCGGUGGGAGCUGCAUGCUGAGCACCUUUACGCCGCUGCCGCAUCUGCCCAAUCUAACCAGCAUUUGGCUCUUCGAUUUGUGGGUGGCGCCGGACGAUGGGCCGUUCCCACUCAACCGCUUCCUCAUCAACGUCCAAGCGACCGUCACCGAAAUGCGUCUAGCGGGGAUCCACAUUCCCGCGUUGACCCGCGAGACCUUCGCGGGAUUCCCGCUGCUGACGGACUUGCAGCUGAAGAGCAACCGCUUAGCGGCCAUCUCGCUUGACGCCUUUGCGUUCCACGGGCUUCCAUCGAAAUUCGUCACUAUCCACAUUUACGAAGGGAAUUUUACCAAAUUCGAUUGGUCAGUUUUCGCACCGGCGGCUUCAACAUUGGAGAGGGUUUCCGUGAUGUACAGCGAAGUGCAGGAAAUCUACUUUACUAAGUACUUCGCGAUGCCGACAUUACAGACGCUGUCCUUGGCCGGGAACCGUCUGACGCACCUCAACGACAGCCUGCUGUACAGUCUGACCUCGCCGUGGGUGCGUCCGAAACUAGAUUUGCACUCCAAUCCGUUGUGCCCGUCCGACGCGGACUGCGACUGUCCCGCUCUAAAGAAUCUAUGGGAGUGGCUGCUGCGGAAGCCGCCGCUCGGCUACACCGCCGUCUCGCAGUGCUGCUCCAUCUCCGACGGUGUCACCUGCGGUAACUACACCAAGGGUACGGCCACGCCCACUUGGAGCAACGCGUCGUCAGGUGGGGUGCACGUCCCACGCGGAAAGUCCUUCGAGGGAGCGCAAGUCACAGCUCUGGCGGCGAGGCGGUUGUUGCCGUACAAGUCUCGAGGAAGCAUUUAUCCGCUGUCGCUGUUCGAUUUUGUCUACUGUACACACGCUGCUGGCUGCUAUCCAAAGAAUCGCUCAACCUGGACACAAAAUGUCACGCUCGGCGCUAGUGCCGUGUGAUGUAGCAAAACUUUACAAUAAGCACGAUUCUUUGUCGUAUGAUGAUAAAGUUGUUUACAAUUCUUGUUCGUACUUCAUAAUAUUCCGUUCCUCAAACGCGAAUUUUGCGGAGAGCUCUUCCGUGUCUAAGAAUAAAUUACGUUAU